CAGGAGGGGCGGACCCAGGGCGUUGGAGUCCUUCGAGUUUGGGAAGGACUGUUUCCAGAGCUACAUCCUCUUCCCGCCCCCUCCCUCGCAGACGCACCAGAACCCUUUUCCCAGCAGUGGAACCGAGGGACGCCGGAGUGGAGGUCUCGGCGGGUGCCCACGUGACAGCCCCCGGGGUGCCCCGGAAUUGCUGGGAACAUGGGCGUGCUUAGGGUAGGGCUGUGCCCCGGCCUCACCGAGGAGAUCGUUCAGCUUCUGAAGGGCCAAAGGAUCAAGACAGUGGCAGACCUGGCAGCUGCUAACCUGGAGGAGAUAGCCCAGAAGUGUGGCUUGUCCUACAAGGCCCUGGUUGCCCUGAGGAGGGUAUUGCUGGCGCAGUUCUCGGCUUUCCCUUUAAAUGGAGCAGACCUAUAUGAAGAACUGAAGACUUCCACUGCCAUCCUGUCCACCGGCAUUGGAAGGGCCCUUUGUUGUCGGUCUCGGAAUGCUGAGGGCAGGGCGGUAGAGCAUGGGCACACUGUGGGAAAUGCUGUUGAUGGGGGAGAUUGGUUAUGCCUUCCAAGCCAGAGCUUUUGUCCGUUCAUCUCUGCUGGAAUGAGGUCUUCAAGAAACAUAAGCCUGGACAAACUUCUUGAUGCUGGCCUCUAUACUGGGGAGGUGACUGAAAUUGUAGGAGGCCCAGGUAGCGGAAAAACCCAGGUGUGUCUCUGUGUGGCUGCAAAUGUGGCCUACAGCCUGCAGCAGAAUGUACUGUAUGUUGAUUCCAGUGGAGGAAUGACAGCAUCCCGCCUCCUCCAGCUACUACAGGCUAGAACCCAAGAUGAGGAGAAACAGGCAGGUGCUCUCCAAAGGAUACAGGUGGCGCGUGCAUUUGACAUCUUCCAGAUGCUGGAUAUGCUGCAGGACCUUCGGGGCGCCAUGGCCCAGCAGGUGACAUCUUCCGGUACUGUGAAGGUUGUGAUUGUGGAUUCUGUCACUGCCGUGGUUGCUCCACUUCUGGGAGGUCAGCAGAGGGACGGCCUGGCCUUGAUGAUGCAACUGGCCCGAGAGCUCAAGACCCUGGCCCGGGACCUAGCUGUGGCAGUGGUGGUAACCAACCACUUGACCUGGGACAGGGAUGGUAGGAGGUUCAAACCUGCUCUAGGACGCUCCUGGAGCUUUGUGCCCAGUACCCGGAUUCUCCUGGAUGUCAUCGAAGGGGCUGGAACAUUAGGUAGAGGCCAACGCACAGUGUGUCUGACCAAGUCUCCCCGCCAGCCAACAGGUCUGAAGGAGGUGAUAGACAUUUGGACAUUGGGGACUGAGGAGCAGAGGCCAGAAUUGCCUGCCAAACAGACGUGACGCUGUUGAUUGGGAAAGGGACAGCUUCAAGGUCCUCACAGCGUUUUUUCCCAGCCAGCCGCUGUCCACUGCCACAUGGGGACCUGGCAGUGCAGACACCUCAGGUCUCAGGCUUGUGGGACGACAAGCCUCAGUUUUCUCAGCUUCACUCUGGGAUCUCAUGGAGCCACUGGCCCGAGGAUGCUGCGGGGGACACGACCUAGAAGUCCAUUGUAGUCCCUGGUGGUCUCAAGGUUUCUUCUUUUGUGUCCACCGUAUGUUUCCAAUGGAGGUUGAGUUCAACCUACCUUGGGACAUCAAACACCGCAGUGACUGGAUGAAUAGCUUCCUGGCCCUGUGUGUCUCUCUCCCUCACACAGUAAUUGAGCCAGGAAGCCUUUGUUCCACCCAUCCCCGUUUAUUUUGGCCUCUGAUUUCCCACCUACAAGAUGGGUUCUCUGAGUUACUCAUAGAAACAACCUCAGAAGUGUAAAGCUCUUUAAUGCAUGCACACUCUUAAAAAUAUAGAAAGAGGGCCGGGCGUUGGUGGCGCACUCCUUUAAUCCCAGCACUCGGGAGGCAGAGGCAGGCGGAUCUCUGUGAGUUCGAGGCCAGCCUGGUCUACAGAGUGAGUUCCAGGACAGCCUCCAAAGCUACAGAGAAACCCUGUCUCGAAAAACAAAAACAAAACAAAACAAAAUAUAGAAAGAGGAAGUCCUCUGAACCCUAGAGGCACCUGAUUUCCCCCAAGAAGGUUGAUUUUCAUGUCCUGCAGUGGGACUCCCAGAGAGUAAGAGUUCUUCCCUGCUUGCCGACUGGUUUCACACACCUGUAUACAGCACCCUGAGAGGUGAGAACAUGAGUUUGCUGCUGUCCCAGGGAUAUAAUUUACAGGGAGGGAGGUUGUGACCUGCUCCCAGUGAACCAGACACUUGUUUCACAUGCAUGGUGCCCUGUGGGGCUCUUCCUCAGUAUAGAGUAACCAGAGGUACUGAACCGUGGCCUAACCCAUAAACAGACAGAGGAGAAUUUGCACAGUAAAUAGAACCAGCUGGGAAAAUUGAUGCCGACAUAAAUAAUACAUGGCCAAUCUAGUCUUUUAUACAGAAAUUCAUUGCUGGUGGCUCUAAGAUGCAGCAUAAUUACACCUCUCGUCCUGCCAGCUGCACCACAGCCUCGUGGCUCAGUGAAUAAAAUAACCCUGUCUGUUACCAACACUGUGGCCAUCCAUCUGAGAGUCAUAACUCUGGCUGAGAGGGGAGGAUGGUACCAGGGAGUGGAAAAUAAAAGGCCGAGUAAAGAAAUGA